UUAGGAUUGGUCUGUAAUUUACACAUAAUCUGAUUGUUAUUACUUGGAAAAUGGUGGCAGGAAGCAGUGCUCCACCAAUGAUCUUUCAGUAUGAAGCACAAAUUAACACAGGCACAUCUGAAGCUUUUGCAAACAAAAUAACUACCAAAUAAAGUAGAAGGGCACAGUAAACACUAAUAGAAUAGUUCAAUAUUUUGCCAUUCACACAACUUUCACUUCUCUGUCAAAUGAUUUGUCUGAAUGGAAAUAUUUUACAUGUUUCUUACAGGAAAAUCACUAGUGGUGGAAAAAUCUUCAAACUCCAUUUCAUGUGCAAGUAAUCAACAUCUUCUGUGUACAAAAGUCCCCACCGCAAAAGUGACAACAUUCAUAAAAUAAUGUCUGCACAGAUCAGCAUUGUACCACAAAAAUAUGCUUUUAUUCUGGGUGCUUUGCUUGAGCCUCUAAGAACAACUAAUCUGACUUUGUACAAAAUGAAGACGCCACAGAGUUAUUUUUCACAGGUAAUAUAUUACCUAUAACAACCUUUUUACAACCUUUUUGUAGAACCUCAUUCAAAAAUACUCUCUCUGUAAUGCCACCAUGUUUACACAUUCACAGAUGUUCAUCGUGAACCUGACAUUGCCUUUGUGACCUAGUUUUGAGUAAGCAAUUAUCUCUGGUCACAAACAUCUUCUCGUCACUACAAAUUAUUCGAUCCUAGUAGAGGUGACAGCUGCCUCAAGACUCUUCCUACCACAUUGACUCCCCCCCACCCCCAUGGAAAAGCGUCUUUUUGUUCUGCGUCACGGAGGAGAACGCAAGUCUGGGAUUAACUUAUUAAGGCCAACAUCUUUGAUCUGAGGUUAUCUCUUCCAUUUCCACGGCAACUUGAUCGUACUGUGGAUCUUGGCACACACACACGCACGCAAGUGCUCAAACCCACACACUGAAACACAUGAAUGGGCCUGAAAGCCCUAGAGAGCAUAGCCCAAAAGAGAUGUGAAGUGUAGAUGUGCAGCAACAGCUAACCAUCGUGUCAGGUUUCUGGGGGCUCGUGCUAAAUUUAACCCUGUGAUCCUGCAGAAGGCAGAGGGGUUUAAAUGCCAGCCUACAGUUGCUCCACACCAGUUGUUCGCCACACGUCUUCCACUCAUUGCAAACUCAGGCCAAGGGGAAGACAGCGCACACACGUAUAGUCCAACACACAUCCCAGACGCAGGAACGAAGACCACUCACUGAAGAGCAGCAACAAACGAAGCAGGGAUUGUUGCCCCUUUACAUCUAGAGUACAACACGAGCCAAUAUGGAGCUCUUUGAGACCAACCCAUACUUCUUUCCUGAUCAGCGAUUUUAUGAAGGAGGGGACAGCUACUUCCCCUCUCGCCUACCUGGGACAUACGACCAAGCUGGUUACCAGGACAGAAACUCCAUGAUGGGCUUGUGUGGGAGUCUAGCUGGAGGUGCCAGUGUCGGAGUCGCAAGUACUGAGGAUAAAGCAUCUCCCUCCAGCCUGUCACCUCAUUCUGAGACCCACUGCCCUGGUCAGUGCCUGCCCUGGGCCUGUAAGAUGUGCAAAAGAAAGACUGUGACCAUGGAUCGCCGGAGAGCAGCAACGCUGAGGGAGAAGAGACGUCUGAAGAAGGUGAACGAGGCCUUUGAUGCUCUGAAGAGGAGCACCUUGAUGAACCCCAACCAGAGGCUGCCCAAAGUGGAGAUCUUGCGGAGCGCCAUACAGUACAUUGAACGGCUACAAGCGCUGGUGUCCUCUCUCAACCAGCAGGACACUGAGACAGGACAGCAGGGACUGCACUACCGACCCACCCCGACCCAGCCCAGAGUGUCGUCGUCCUGCGAGCCCAGUUCGGGGAGCACCUGCUGCAGCAGCCCCGAGUGGAGCAGCACUCCGGAGCAGUGUCCGCCGAGCUACAGCGGUGAGGAUCUCCUGAGUGCUGCUGAAUCUCCUGAGCAGGGGAACAUGCAGGCCUUGACUUCCAUUGUGGACAGCAUCUCUGCUUCAGACAGAGCUGUGGCCUUUCCUGUAGACAUUUCCAAAUAGACCUUUCAAAACAGUGGGAACACAGAUGUAGAUGCACAGAGAUCCGUAAAUUACAAAGUUAAUAUAGCUAAUUGGUGAUGCUGUUUGACUGGAGUACUUAUUUUGUUUUAGUGAAUCUACAAACUUUGGUUUUCUGUCUUAUGCAAACGAUCAAAAAUCUGAAUUAAUGAAUUAUCAAUGCAACUCUACUUGGUCUACUGGCUAAACUGAAUUCCUCCUUUUACAAUGAGGCCUUAUUCCUUGUAUUACAUGCCUUAUCCUGUGGUCCAGUCCUGUUUGUCAGAGCUACAGAUGCUCAGUCUAACUUGAGAUUCAAAGAUUUUGCUGCAUGAACCCAAAAUCCUAGUUAUCUGAGUGAAUCUCUGUUAAACCUUCCUCCAGACUCACAGAUGGAUUAUAUUGUUCUAACUUAAUUUAAGUUUUCCUCCGUAUCUUUGAUUCUUUUUGUGUGAGUUUAAUGCUUAAAAAAGAAAUACAUGAAUUUAUUUGUGGGGCCAAUAUGUACCAUGGCAGUUUUGACCAAGAUCUGCCUAAUUUAAACAGGUUAUAAAUGCUUUUGUUGUAAAUACGUUCCCCUUUUUUUUACAGAGUGGUUUUGCCAUUUUAUUUUGUAUCUUUGCUAACUUAUUUUUGACUUUUAUAACUAAGAUUGUUGUGUAUUUGUAGAUGUUCUGAAAAGUGAUAUUGUUCUGUUUUAAUCCUUGGAAUAAAGAUGGUUUUCAAUAA